ACAGCACCGACAAGAUGGCCGAGAGUACGGGACGAAAGUGAGGGGAGGGGGAAACAAAAACACGGGCGAGCUAUCCUUGCCGCAGAUGCCCGACCUGUAGAGCUGCGGAAGGCAAGUUAGCGCAAAGAUAAAACAUAAAUAAAUUUAAAAGGCCGUGGUGCCGGGGUGUAUUCGAGCCUCCGUUCCGUGGGGGACGUUCGCAGCAUGCGGACACGUCGCGCGCCGAGCUCGCGGACGGAACGUCAUGUCGGGUGGUCUGCGUUGGCUAGCUAGCUAACGAGCUAAUCAUGCUAGCUAGCUGACAACACCGUCAGCGAGAGAAUACGAGCCGGCGGGUGACAGUUGGCUCGUCUUGAAACGCGGCUGUCGUCGCCACUCCGUCGCUUCUGAGAAUUGUAAACAUGCGUCGCAGCGGGACAACUUCCCCCCCGAGUGGGAGAACCGGAUUCAGCGCACCAGUUUUAGCGCGUCGCCAGCUUGGUUAGCGGACUAACGUUGCGGAUUUCUUGCGACGCAGCUCUGGCGGUUAGGGCUAGCCAAGGUCUGUUAGCUUGCUCAGCUGUUUUGGAUGACUUGGGGGUCGUUACCGCACAUGAACGGGUGUGGGAGGGGGGGGCGUCUUUCUCUCUAAAUAAAGUACCUGGAGCGGGUCUCAGUGGGGAGGAUUGCUGACAUUAACGGAACCGCAGCCGGGACUGUAAACACAAGCCGAACCGAGGAGACGCCAGCCCUGCGUUGUUGGACGAGGCGCGAACCGAGCGGGCCCGCGGCACCAUGGCCCAUUCUCCUAUCCAGGGACACCUGCCGGGGAUGCAGAACACCAAGGCCGACCCGGAGGAGCUGUUCACCAAGCUGGAGCGCAUCGGCAAGGGCUCGUUCGGCGAGGUGUUCAAAGGCAUCGACAAUCGCACCCAGAAGGUGGUGGCUAUCAAGAUCAUAGACCUGGAGGAGGCGGAGGAUGAUAUCGAGGACAUCCAGCAGGAGAUCACCGUGCUGAGCCAGUGCGACAGCCCCUUCGUCACCAAGUACUACGGCUCGUACCUCAAGGACUCGAAGCUAUGGAUCAUCAUGGAGUAUUUAGGAGGAGGCUCAGCGUUAGAUUUGAUGGAGCCCGGGGCCCUGGAUGAGACCCAGAUCGCCACAAUCUUGAGGGAGAUCCUCAAGGGCCUGGAGUAUCUGCACUCUGAGAAGAAGAUCCACCGUGAUAUCAAAGCCGCCAACGUGCUGCUGUCCGAGCAGGGAGAGGUAAAGCUGGCGGACUUCGGUGUGGCGGGGCAGCUCACCGACACCCAGAUCAAACGCAACACCUUCGUCGGCACGCCCUUCUGGAUGGCCCCCGAGGUCAUCAAACAGUCGGCGUACGACUCCAAGGCCGACAUCUGGUCGCUGGGCAUCACGGCCAUCGAGCUGACGAAGGGCGAGCCGCCCCACUCGGAGCUCCACCCCAUGAAGGUCUUAUUCCUCAUCCCAAAGAACAACCCGCCCACGCUGGAGGGCAGCUACAGCAAGCCGCUCAAGGAGUUCAUCGAGGCCUGCCUCAACAAAGAGCCCAGCUUCAGGCCGACUGCCAAAGAGCUGCUGAAGCAUAAGCUGAUUGUGCGCCACGCGAAAAAGACCUCCUAUCUGACGGAGCUGGUGGACAAGUACAAGAGGUGGAAGGCAGAGCAGUCGAGAACCACAGAGUCCAGUUCGGAUGAGUCCGACUCAGAGCAGGACGGCCAGGCAUCGGGGGGGAACGACUUUGGUAGCGACGACUGGAUCUUCACCAUCCGAGAGAAGGACCCCAAGAAGCUGCAGAACGGGGAGGGGCAGUCGGCGGCGGCAGACCAGACGGAAGACAUUCCAAAGAGGCCUUAUUCACAGAGCCUGGCCACAGUCAUCUCUCCGGCAUUAGCUGAGCUGAAGGCGAGACAGGAGCAGGUGAACGGGAACCCCAUGGUCCUGGAUGAGCUGAGGGAGGCCAUCCUACUGGCCGAGGAGUCCUACCCCAGCAUCUCCGACUCCCUGGUGGCUCACAUGGUCCACCGGCUCCAGAGUUUCUCCACAAGCAGGACGUCCUCCUCCCCCUAGUAACCGGCUCUUUGCCCCAGCCCUGCUCUCCCAGGCCCCCCAACAACACAGCCAGGAAAGAGGGUCGAGUCAUUCCACACCAGCCGACCACGUGUGACCUCCCAUGUGUUCGCAUUGGGGCUAACCCACUCUGUCAAAAAAUUACUGAACUCCAAAGCGGAGGCUUACAGCGGAACCCUGGAGAGCUUCUUUCAGCCACGGUCGGGGGGGUUUGGUGGGGGGGGGGGCAAGGUAACGGGACAUCCCGCAACGAGACUCAAAAGUCCGAGCAGUGAAACGGACUCUGGGCUCUGCGUGUGCGCUGGACCACUCCGGUCUCACAGGCCGCCGAGUCUCCGCAUGGAAUCUGCUCGACAAGGAGCCGGGAAAAUACCCCCCACCCCGAAAUCCAAGACUUCAUUGCCCCCUCUUAAUGCAGGCGUCAUAUCCCCAGAACCUCUGAAGAGCAUGCUUGAUGGACCUGCAGGGAUAUUAUCUUAGUGUGUGAGUGUGUGUGUGUGUGUGAGAGAGAGAGAGAGAGUGUGUGUGUGUGUGUGUGUGUGUGUGUGUGUGUGUGUGUGUGUGUGUGUGUGUGUGUGUGUGUGUGUGUAAGACUCCCUGUUAAGGCAAAUUUGCAGCAUUCUUAAUGUAACCUCAGGUAAAGCGCUUUAAGUGGACUUCGAGGCAGUGGGGGGGGGGGGUCGCCAUGCUGUACAUGAUUACAAGUCGUCAUUGCGGGAAAAAUGGAUCACUGUACAAAAUGGUCUCGUGCAUUUUGUAGAUAUUGGCGAUGUUUAAAAGAGAUAUAAAAAUAAAAGAACACAACCCAGAAACGAAACAGGAAAUGCCUUUUUGAGAUGCACACACACAUCCGGCAUUUCAUCACGGGGGUUUUGGGGCUCGGUUUUCGUCAAGUGUUUUUUUUUUCUCUAAGUGACCGAGUUCUAAUCUUCCAUUUUGAAUCAGCGGACUAACGAUGCUAAGCGUACUUUGUUUGGAGGCAGAAGCUUCUCCUUUGUGUGUCGUCAGGGGGCGGGGCCUGUGCGAUGUUUACAGGAGUCUGUUUUUAAAGGGUUUAGGACAGAGUGGAGCCGGGGUCGUUAGCCGACGUUGAGUAUUAUAUUUUUUGUCGGCUCCGAAUUUCACCUUAUUACUUAUUUAAAUUUGUAUUAAGUGCAGGUGCCACCCCGGACUGUUCCGUGUCUCACCGCCACGCCGCGCUAGAAGUGCCACGUCUCUCUUUUUAUGCUCUCGCCAGAUGUUUGUAGUAUGAUUUGCACCUUUUUUGUUGUAUUAUUUUUGUAUCGUCAGAUCAGUAUUUGGGGGGGGGGGUUUGCACUUUGAAAGUGUGUCGACUAUUUAAAGAAGCCUGUGAGGAAGAAGAAGAAAAACCAACCUAAAAGAGUUGCUAAUAGCCAUGUUUUACUAUAUAAGUUUACUUAAGAGUUCCAGAAUUUACUACUGUGCUAAUGCAGCAAUAAUGUUGAGAGUUGCAUCAAGACGCACUUGUCAACACAGGGAUCGAAAGAAAUUAAGAAAUAGCUGAUAUUUUUAUAACCGCAAAGAUGGAAAUAUGGAAUGCUUUAUGGAUAUGGGCACCUCCCUCCAGCUAAAAAAAACAAACUAUACCUUACAGAAAAACAUAUGCUACGGAAAUAAUUCAAAUGUGUACAUUUGGUCUCCUUUAUCAUAGCUGACAGUUUAUAGUACUGUGUAUAUAAUCUUUGCUUGUGUCAUUGGAGUUAAAUGUAAGCUUGUAAGCUUUCAAAGUGACAUGAGAAAUAAAGAUCUAACGCUAACUGAGAA